UCGAAUGGCCCAGACUGACUACAUUGAGCUGGACAGCCGUUCGAGCUCCGUCAUGUCUGCGAUAAGCGACAACAAGCAGCCAUCCGCCAGCCACGUCUCCAAAGGCGCGCAUACAACAUUCAGCGAGCGAUAUACUGAUGCGCCGCCCAGUCAAGAAGCAGCUGCCAGCUCCGAUCGGCCAGGAACAGCGGAUUCUCUUCAACAGGUCACGACCUGCGACAGUCAUGCCGGAAGAACGAUCGAAUACCGCGUCUACAAACGGCGCUGGCUUGGUCUCGUACAGCUGGUCCUGCUCAACAUCGUGGUCAGCUGGGACUGGCUGACAUUUGCUGCUGUCUCUGAGACGUCGUCACACUACUUCCGAGUCAGCGAGAGCGCGAUCAACUGGCUCAGCACCGGCUUUCUCUUCGCAUUUGCCGCUGCGGCCCCGGCUGUGAUCUGGGUCUUGAACCACCAUGGACCUAAAAUGUCAAUCGUCAUUGCAAGUGCGCUUGUUCUGGUCGGCAACUGGAUUCGCUAUGCUGGCACGCGAGCCAACAACGGCUAUUUUGGCGUCGUGAUGUUUGGCCAAAUUGUCAUUGGUCUCGCGCAACCAUUCGUACUUGCUGCGCCUACACGAUACAGUCAAACGUGGUUCAGUGAUCGAGGAAGAGUGUCUGCAACAGCCCUUGCAUCUCUAGCGAAUCCUUUCGGAGGUGCUCUGGGACAGCUCAUCGGACCUUUCUGGGCCGAAGACAUUUCGGGCAUCCCAAAUAUGGUUCUGUACACAUCUAUCAUAUCUACAGUUGCAGCCUUGCCAGCCAUAUUGAUACCAGCUAAGCCGCCGAUACCACCCUCAGCAACAGCAGCGGCAGAGAAACUGGACCUUCGGCAGGCAUUUCGCGACUUACCCAGGAACGGCUCCUUCUUCCUUAUUCUCAUACCGUUUUCGGUCUACGUUGGCUGCUUCAAUGCAACGUCAAGCUUGAUCAACCAAAUUUUUGAGCCAUACGGCUUCUCUGAGACAGACGCAGGUAUAGCAGGCGCCUUACUCAUAGUGGUUGGACUUGUGGCCUCAGCAGUCGUGUCGCCCAUUAUUGACCGUACGAAGGCGUUUCUACUGGCUAUCAAGCUCCUGGUUCCGCUCAUAGCGGUAAGCUAUACGAUUCUCAUUUUCAUGCCGCAGACAAGGAAAAUCGCUGGACCUUACGUUACCUGCGCAUUGCUUGGGGCAACAAGUUUCAGCCUACUGCCCACUGCUCUGGAGCUUCUGACUAUUGUCACACAUCCCGUGAGCCCAGAAGUCUCGAGUGUGGUCGGAUGGGUUGGAGGCCAGAUGCUCGGAGCAGUAUUCAUCAUCAUCAUGGACGCGUCGCAAGGGAGUUGGAUUGGAGAACCACCAGAGUCGCUGAAAAGUGCACUUGUCUUCCAAGCUGUUGUAUCCUGGAUUGUCGUGCCAUUUCCAAUGCUGCUUGGUGUUUGGAAGUUCAGGAAAGUCAUAAUCGGCAACGAUAUUCCUGAUGAGGUGAUAAGAAACUAUUCGACUUGA